UUUAUCUUCUUCGCGCAUCCCACAUCGUAACGAAUGGAACAUAUGACAACCACAGACGACGUCGCCCAGCGUGUAUACAGGGAGGAUUUACACCGGCAGAGCCGUGAUAUUGAGAGGUCAUACAUUGUCCAUUGUCAAGGAGAUAAACCAAUAUGUCUGGAGAGCUGCCUCUAAACAUAAACAUCAAGGAGCCGAGAUGGGACCAGGGUACGUUCAUGGGCCGCGCCCAGCACUUCUUCAUGGUCACAGAUCCCAGGAACGUCCUGCUCUCGUCUGAGACCCUGGAAGAUGCCAGGGUCACUGUGGAGAACUACAGAGCUGGGAUCGUGAAGCCGGGCCUGACGGAGGACUCUCUCUGGAAGGCCAAGUAUGUCUAUGACUCUGCCUUCCACCCUGACACCGGGGAGAAGAUGGUUGUGAUUGGCCGGAUGUCGGCUCAGGUGCCAAUGAACAUGUCCAUCACAGGAUCCAUGCUCACUUUCUACAGGACUACGCCAGCGGUGGUGUUCUGGCAGUGGGUCAACCAGUCCUUCAACGCAGUAGUCAACUACACCAACCGCAGUGGAGACGCCCCCCUGACCGUGAAUCAGCUGGGCACCGCCUACGUCUGCGCCACGACGGGAGCCGUGGUCACCGCCCUGGGCUUCAAGUCUCUGGCCGCGCGCCUGCCGCCCAUCAUGAGCCGCUUCGUUCCCUUCGUCGCCGUCGCCGCCGCCAACUGCAUCAACAUCCCUUUCAUGAGGCAGAGGGAACUGAAAUACGGCAUCCCGGUGACCGACGAGAACGAUAACCGUCUGGGGGAGUCCCCUCGCGCCGCCAAGCAGGCCAUCCUCCAGGUCAUCGUGUCCCGUAUCGGCAUGGCGGUGCCGGCCAUGGCUAUUCCCCCCGUCAUAAUGAAUGCGCUUGAGAAGAAGGCUUUCCUGAGGCGUUACCCAUUGCUCAACGCGCCGAUCCAGGUGGGGCUGGUGGGUUUCUGCUUGGUGUUUGCCACUCCACUGUGCUGCGCCCUGUUCCCCCAGAAGAGCUCCAUGAGUGUGAGCAGUCUGGAGCCGGAACUGCAAGAGAGGAUACGAGAAAUCAGCCCCCAGACCACCACUGUGUACUUCAACAAGGGCUUGUAGGACCACAGACACAAACACACUCACGCAAAUAAACAAACACGCACGCAAACACAUACACAAGCGAGCGAGUACGCACGCACACAUCCAUAUUGGCUGAGCCUACUACUAUCCAACACUCUGAGGGAACAAUUCAAAAGGCAGGGGGAACUCUGUUCAUGCUUAUUGUUCCGCUUCAGUCUCCCAUGUUAUGUGCUUGUAUUGUUUGUUAUUAUAUUUUGUAUGGGUGCUCCAAAGUGCAAAGGGUCGCAGUAGAGAUAGCGGUUGAGUUUUGAAGAGGAGUGCUGGGUUUUCACCGUUAGUGAAAACGGAUGGAUGACCAGGAAGACCUUGAGACACGUCACUUCCCUUGGCACUUGAUACGCUCAAGGCUGACCGACACUCCUUUUUGGUUUUGUUAUGUGCUGUGCUAUCAUGUGCUAUCUCCUCUCUAGGGUUAGGUUAGUAAUGUUUGAUGGCUCCACGCCCUCUGUUUUUAGUAAAUGCUUUUUGAUUUUGUGAUUUGAGUGAACCAUAGUAAGUCCAAUUCAGAGUUGUAGUUUCUUACUGGCUUCAGUUUAUUACCUUCUAUAACUUUGCAACCCUUUGCCAUUUAUCAAUGCUUUAUUUAGCUUUCCAAUCAUAUAUUUUUGCACUGGCUUGACGCUCAUUCACCAUUUUUAUCACAAUUGGGGAAAAAGAAAAAUACACAUUUCAAGAGCACAAAAUGGACCACGCCUAGUAACCCCAGCAACUUAUGACUCCUCUGAAGUGUACUUACUCCUUCGCCAUUUUACUCCAUUAUACAGGUGCUAGGCGCAUAUUAAACUUCAAUAUUAUAGUAGCCCCAUACGUUGGAGCAAGAUAAUUUAAUGUUAAUGUAAUUUUACGUUAAUGUUUAUGUACUGUAGCAACGAUGAUGCCAAACUCUCCGGCACACUUCAAGGCCUUUGGUUGAUAUGAGGUUCACUGAAUUGUGCGACAAUAGGGACGAGCUACUUGAUUGUUGUUGAUGACUGUAACCGAUUGGGAAGAAUGUACAGUGUACCAUCUGAAUGCUAAAGCUGUAGCUCACCCCACAGAUAUCACAAGGCAACCUUUGAGUAAAACACUAUAUGCAAAUUAGAACUGAAGGCAGAAAUGCCCCUUCAGCCCGAUGCACCAUGAGUUGCAUAUUUGUCCCCCAGAUGGCAGCAGAGUACACAUGUAUCAGAAAUCAGUACAAUCAGAUGCUACAAGAAUGCAUACAUGUAUUUGUACAUGGUUUUGUGUGUGUGUGUGCGUGCAACAGAACAAUGAGUGAGGUGUAAUUGCUUCUGCUGUAACUCAAAUGUAAAUUGAGUUACUUUUGUUAGCGUUACCUUGCGUUGAUAAGUAAACAUGGUCACAGUGGUAACAUUUAUUCUGAUACUAUAGUGAUAGAUUAGUUGAUGUAUCGUGACCCUCUAACCUCUAUGUAUGCACACCUGUCACUUGAAAUCUAUGGAUGUUUGUGUAUGUUUUUGAGUAGAUGGUAGGGUGUACUACCUAACCGGACUGAAGUUGCUAUCAAACAGGGUCAUCUACCUAGUUAUGUCUUGUUAAUUCUCCCAUCUGUAUGUUUUAAUUGCUCGUGACAAACAUCUUAUAAAUACAUGAAGUUCAGGACAGUGUUAAAGGAGAACAACACUCUAACUCAUAAUUCAACCACUCAACUACAUGCAAUAUGUUAGAUUUCCCUUUAUUCAUUUGUGUGUGUGUGUGUGUGUGUGUGUGUGUGUGUGUGUGUUAUGCUAUGGCGUUGCUGAUUUUGCUUUAUGCUUUGGGUUAAACUGCACUAUAACCUUUGCUGUGCUGCUGUAUAAGCUUUUAGGUGGCUUUUUAGAGGGGUUAUAUUGUUGACUGCUUUAUGAAAUAUGUAUUGGAAAUUGUAUUGUAUGAUUACUGUGCUUGACAAUGUUAAACGGGAUAUACGCUAACUAAUACCAGCGCUCACAAGCAAUAUGUUGAGGAACGAGUAACUUUUUAUUACUUUCCCCCAUGGUGCAAUUGAGUGCACAGUAUUUUCUGAGAUUGUACAUUUUCCUAGAUGUCCGAUGGACAUUAUGUAUAAUGAAAUAUUACGGACAAACUGGUUGCAGUCAAGUUGAAAUACUUCCGGCCGUUCAGGAGGAUACCAUGGUAACCCAUUGCACCCACUACCAAAGAUGAGACCAGUAUGAAUUGGUAACAGAGUUGAGGAAUUUCAGAUGGAGACUUUGUUUUAGCGUGAGCUUAUCAUAACGGACCUUCUCUCAUGUCAAGGCAUGUCUUAUGUUCACUAGAAUGGGGUUGGCCAGUAACUAUUUUGAUACUAAAUAGUUUGUUCCGUAGUCAUAUUUGAAAAAUUACCAACCACAAUGAUAAUCCUCAGGAAAAGAUAUGGAAGGAACUACAUCUAUUUUAUGUCUGAUGAAAGUAAUUUAGAGUUAAACAAUAUCACUGAAAGUUUCCAGUCACUGCACAAGUUAUCCAGCAUUGCACAGAAUGAUUUUUCAUGCAUAGAUAUUUGUUGUACACUCCACAAAUGUUUGUUUUCAUGGCGUAAUAUGUACAAAUCUCCUGUUAGUUACGUUCUUCAGUCAGUAUUAGUACAGUACUUGUUUCUUCCUCCAGACUUUGUACUGUGUCUGUUUCCUUCCUUGAUGUGUAUUUACCAAGAGCAACAGAAUAAAAUAUUUAACUGGAAGUUCUAA